GUUGCUUCAACAGAGGCAGCGGGAUGUUGAAUUUAGAGACUCUGCUAGUGAGCAGAGACAGCGGAUGUCUUUGACCUGCCCUUUCACAUGGCUAGAGAUCAAAUAGAGGAAAGUCUCCGAAAUAAGAUGACUUCCAUAAAGGAGCGUAUGGUUCAAUUGCAAGAUGCACAGAAAGGUGCUGAAGUUACUUCUGAAUCAACUGAGAGGGAGCUUGAACUUGAAGCUCAACUUGUUGAGGCCAGGAGCAUACUCCAAGAGCAGGGUAUUACAUUUGAGCUAGACGAUGAGAUGGCUGCAGAUGAUGAUGAUCGGGAGGUGUUACAGGAUAUAAUAAACAACACCAAGUUAAGCGAAGGUUAUCUUACACUUGCUCGUGAUAUUGAGGUUAUGGAACCUAAAUCUCCUGAAGAUAUCUAUAAGGCACACUUGCUUGAAGGCCGUGCUAGUGCUGGUGCAAGUGUUGACUCGGCUAGACAGAACCUUGCUGCCACCUUUGUUAAUGCUUUUGUAAAUGCUGGCUUUGGUCAGGAUAAGUUAAUGACAGUCCCAUCAGACAGUUCUAGUGGUGGCUCUUCUGCCAACUGGCUUUUCAAAAAUAAGGAACAUGGAAAGACUAGUGCUGCAGCAAGUCUUAGUAUGAUUUUACUGUGGGAUGUUGAUGCUGGACUUGCCCAAAUUGACAAGUACUUCCACCUAAGUGACAACCAUGUUAUUUCUGGUGCAUUAUUAGGAGUUGGGAUUGUGAACUGUGGCAUCAAGAAUGAUUGUGAUCCUGCUCUGGCACUUCUAGGUGAUUACGUAGAUAAGACUAUCCUAGAAAUUUUAGCAGUACUUUAAAAUGUAUCAAGCUAC